AUGGUGGUGGAGGCCAAGCUGGCCCUCCCUGUGUCCAUGCACCUCAGACAAUGGCAGGGUGAAGAAGGGAGCACGCAGGGCUUGGUGGACGACUGCAGCCUGCCGGGCCCUCUACCAGGGUCUGCAGGCUCGGCGGGAAGGAAUCGCUGCGUGGACGCGGCUGAGGCGUGUUCGGCCGACGCGCGGUGCCAGCAGCUCCGCACCCGGUACGUGACGCGCUGCCUGGGCCGGGCGGUGGCCGGGGGCUGCUCGCGCGCGCGCUGCCACCACGCCCUGCGCCGCUUCUUCUCCCGCGGGCCCCCGAAGCUCACGCUCGCGCUGCUCUUCUGCCCGUGCUCGGAGCCCGCGUGCGCUGAGCGCCGGCGCCAGACCUUCGUGCCCUCCUGCGCCUUCUCGGAGCCCGAGGCCGCGCCGCCCUGCUGCCUCGCGUCCGUGGACCUUUGCGAGCGGAGCCCCGUGUGCAGGCCCCGCCUCCUCGCCUUCCAGGCCGCGUGCGCGCCCGCCCCGCGCUCCCCCGACGGCUGCCCGCGCGACCAGGCCCCGCGCUGCCUGCACGCCUACGCCGGCCUCGUGGGUACCGCCGUCACCCCCAACUACGUGGACAACACGAGCGCGCGAGUGGCGCCCUGGUGCGACUGUGGGGCCAGCGGAAACCGGCACGAAGAAUGCGAAGCCUUUCGCGGCCUCUUCACCAGGAACCGCUGCUUGGAUGGUGCCAUACAAGCUUUUGGCAGCAAGUGGCCCCCGAUCCUGCAGGCUGAGCUGGACCCCCAACAGAAUGCUGGACGCAGCUUCCAACAGGUGCCCUCUGCAGACCGAGCCCUGGAGGGGAGCUCCCUGCUGGCUACACUCACCGUCCUGGCUCUCCAGGCCCUACUCUAACCUUGGACAACACAGUGAACUGCUGUACUGCCUGGGAUACAAGCAUGCCCCAUUU